AUGCCCUCAUCCCCGCAAGAGGACCCACUCUCCACUACAACUCACUUGUUGAUUGAGCCCAUACUCGCGACACUUGCCUCCACUCCUGGGUCAGCUAAUCCACCUCCACUUAGCCUCCCAUCAAACUUGUCACAGUCUGCUUCUCUCGGACAGGGAGAUGGGCUGCAGGACAUUGGCGAGGAGGCAGAAGACGAGGACGGCGCAGACACAGAAGCGCCCGAAAGAGACAUUCAACCUGUCGAAGAUUCUUCGCAGAUUCAUGGGUUACGCAUUUCCACUUCAUCUGUGCCGUCUUCUCCUGCUUUUGUGUCACAACCGUUUUCACAUCCUACUAGCCCAGUCAUGACAUCGAAUAACUCAAGACGCAACAGUACUGAGCUCAAAUGCUCGUCGGAGUUUACCCUCCCCCUUACUAGGCGCAUUUCUCGUACAAGUUCGCAUGGUUCGGUCAGUAGCCUUGGACGACCCACGUUCAGCUACAUCUACAACUCAGCUGGAUUCGACUUCGGAGACAAUGAUGGCGAGCGCGCGUAUGAUCCUGUUGGAGACCGUGGUCCAGGAAAUCCGCUCUUCCCCAGCAAUUUUGCGCGACUGGCAUUGGGCCCAACGUUGAGUGCGAAUAAUCCUGACCUGCGUCCCUCGUGCUCUUCCACCCACCCAGCUCAUUCGCGCUUUGCUAAGUGGGCGCCAGGUGGACGUCCUCCGAGUUGGAUUGAUGCUUGGGACCCUGUCAAGCACGAAUAUGCCGCAACCACCGCUAGCGGUAGUAGUAUCGGGGGCGGUGAAUGAGGUGACGUACCACAAUACACGCCGCGCUCUCAAAUUUCAAAUUUCUCAUUCCUCGGUGCCUCUUAUUUUUUGGUCUUGACAAUUCUUCGAUCUCUUUUUCUUGUCUUUUGGAAGUCGCAGUAAUGGUCAAAAAAUCUCGCAUCCAUAAUGUUGUGCUUGUAGUGCUGUCUCUCUCCUCUCCUCGCUUUGCCCAUUUGCACCUCAUCUCUGUAGUCUUCGUAGUCUGGAUUGGAGGGACAUAGUGCAUAGGGUACAAUCAAAGAACAAUACACGAAUCACGUUGGCUCACGGAAUAUACGUAGUUUUCCUAGCAAAAUACUGAGAGUCGAUAUCUGAGUUGGAUAUGUGAAAUAUGAUAUACAAUUAUUUGUGGCUGAGAAUCGGGAUGCAUAAAGAUU